GCAUAAACUCCCAUAGAUCCCAUGUUGUUUAUAGACUGCAGGAAAAUGAAUUCCUUCUACAAGUUCUUUUGCUUGUUCUUGUUGAUCCUGAAAUACCACCAUCUUUGUGCCGCUGAUCCUACUGAUGGAUUCACCCCUGUACCAUUGACAGAAGACAACUUUGUGUUACAAAAACCAUAUAAUGAACCCCUCGAUGAUCGUUACAGUUACAAGGAUGGAGUUCGAAGUUUUUGGAUAUACAACCAUGACAAGCCCUUCAAAGCGGACAGCACAACUAGGCCGCGGUCAGAGCUGCGCAUUUCGGGGCAUGACUAUUCUUCUGGAAUUUGGCAAUUUGAAGGCUAUACAUAUGUGCCAAGUGGUACUUCUGGGGUUACAAUAGUGCAGAUCCACGGUGCAGCUGAGGGAGCGACAUCUCUACAGCUAAGGAUGUAUGACGGAGAUAUCAAAUACUACAAAUACAACGUCGUAGCUACUGAUCUUUACGACAAGUGGUUCCGCGUAAACAUAAUCCACAACGUUGACAAAGGGAAGAUUAUAGUUUUCAUUGAUGCUGUCAAGAAGUUUGUGGUGAAAGAUCAAGGACCAGGGGAUCUGUAUUUCAAAUGUGGAGUAUAUGCUGCACCAGAGAAUUCGAGUAACUUCAUGGAAUCAAGGUGGAAAGAGAUCAAACUUUACAAAAAAUGACGGGAUUAGUAGAAUAUUUGUAUUAAGUAGCUAAGUGUGUUGUUACUGAAUAUCUACCGGUCUAUAUAUAUUGGAGUACAAAGAUAUGGUU